AGUUGAUAAACAUUUUUAAUCAUUUUCAAUUUUUAAUUUUCAGAAAUCAAUCAACUGAAGAUGAGCCUCCAAAAGAGGCUACAGCAAAGGAUCAGCCUACACAACAAGUGAAGGCUAUAGCAGAGGAUGAGCCUCCAGCAGAGGAAGAGCCUCCAAAAGAGGAUGAGCCUCCAGCAGCAGUUGAAGAAACACAUUCAUACAUAAUGCAAAAGAAAAAAUUAAAAGUGUCAACUCAAGGAAUACUAAAAAAACUAACAAAAAACUGGAAAAUUGCUCCUGUUAGCAAGGUCAUUGCUGCUAAAAAGGCCCCUGCUACAACUGUUGAUACUGCUGGAAAAGCCACUGCUGCUGAAAUGGCCCCAGCUACAACUACUGAAAAGUCCUCUGCUGCAGAAAAAUCCCAUGCAGCAAGUUCUGCAAAUGCACAACAGAAGGCCCCUGCUGAAAUUAAAAAAAUCCUAUUAGGUAAUGUACAUAAUUGUUAAAUUAAAUAUUAAAUUUUUUUAAUCAAUAACACUUAUACUGAAAAUGUUCAUUUACCAAUUUGUAAAUGAUCUAAAUGUAUAGGUGGUGAAGAAAUUGAGAUUGAGGAUGAAACAGAAGAAGAUUGGAAAGACAAGAAGAAUUGCAAAGGGAUGAGGAGUUGACAAGAAUAUUGAGAGGUAUAAAACCUGUUGAAGAGUUAAAUUUGUCUCAAAAGAGUGAAGAAUCUUCACAAAAUUCAAAGCAACCAAGAAGGAAAAUGGUUGCAAGGAAAAAUCAAAAGAAAAAAGAAUUGGAAGAAAAUCAGAAAAAACAGGAAUAUGAACAAUCACCAGCAAGAAGAACAAGAAGUAAAUCACGAGGUAAAUAAAAUGUACAAUUUCUAAUAUAACAAUGAUCAUAUUAAAUAAAAUAUUACAACUAUAUUAAUAUUUAUAUAACAAUGUUUAUUUGCAGAUGUUAAGUUGCCUGGCAUAUCAGCUAUAGCAACAGCUGCUGCAACAAUUGCUGAAAACCUACCAGCAGCAACAACACCCAAAAAACCUGGGCGUCCAAGGGCUGCAACUGCAGUUGCAGAGAAACCUGUUGAGAAAACAGGGCGUACAAGGGCUGCAGUUAUUGGGAAAGCAGGCCAAAAAGGUAAAAGAACAUAUCUAAAACAAUAAAUGUUCAAUUACAAUCUUACACUUUUAAAAUGUUUAUUUUACUUAAUGUAAUUGAUCAAAUAAUUAGGUGGUCAGAAAAGACCUGCUGCAUCAGCCAAAAGUCCUGCAAAAAAAAGAAAAGUCAUACAUCAAGUGCCUUAUAAUGAACCAUCAGAGGAUGAAGAACAAGAAGAAGUCCCUGCAACAAGUUCUGCUCCUGCAGAAAAGAAAAUUCUUAAAAAAGUAGAACAAAAAGGUAAUGUACAUAUUAAUAAAGUUAAAUGUUCAAAUACAAACUAGCAAUUUACACUUUCAUAUAUAUAUGUUCAUUUUACAUAUUAUAAUUGAUCAAAUGUUUAGGUGGCCAGAAGAGGCCUUCUGCAUCAGCUAAAGGCCCUUUGAAGAAAACAAAAAUCAUUGAAGAACAAUCAAAGGAGGAAAAUGAAGAAGAUGAUAAUAGUAAUACUGAUAGUGGAUCAGACAGUGAGGAUCCAGCUUUUGAUGCUGAAAAAGAAGAAGAUGAAGAAAGUGAGGAGGUGGAAGUAGUUCAAGAAAAGAAAACAACAUUGAAAAAACCAAAAGCUGAAGAAAAAAGAAUGGUUCUGUAUGAGAGGGAACCAAUAAAAAAGAUUGUGAAGAGGAAAACUGAAUUUUCAGUGGCUAAAAAAAAAGAAGAGGAGGAAGAAAAGAAUGAAGAGGAAGUUGGAAGUUCGACAAGAGGAGGCCAUGUCAAAUUCAUGCAUUGGGUUAAGAAAAUGAGUGAUACACAGAAGAAAUUAGUGCAUGAAAUAGGACUGGGGCCGUUGUUGGAUAUAGAACUUCCUCAGCUUGACAAACAAUUCAGCCAUUGGAUUUUAGAUAGCUUUGAAGUCAGUAGUUGUAGUUUUGAGCUGCCUAAAGGUGAGAAAAUUGAAAUUGAGGUGGAGGAUGUGAGAAUUGUAUAUGGUUUGCCAAUGGGAGACAUUCCCAUUGUUGAAGCCAAAUCAGACAGAGAAAGUGAAGAUUUUGGUGUAUUUAUAAAAAAUUGGAGGUCAAAAUGGCAAGGCAAAACACCAUCUGUAAACCAAAUUAUUGCUCAAUAUACAAGUGAUAAAUUCAAAAACCAAAGGCCAGCAGAAGAAGAUUUUCUCACCAACUUUUUGGUAGUUGCUGUGAAUUGUUUGAUGAAGUGUAUUUCAAACAACCAAUGUCAUUUCAAGUUUCUGUUUUCUAUGAUGGACAAAGAAAAAAUAAAAAACUUGAAUUGGUGUCAGUACGUGUUUGACUCUCUCAUCAGUUGCCAUGUGACAUGGAGAAAGAGUGGAGGAAAAGGAUUCUACAAUGGACCACUGCAAUUUCUGAUGGUAAGUUUACAACACACAAUAGUAAAUUAUAAAAUGUUCAUUUUAGUAACAAUGAAUGUUCAUUAACAAAAUGUUAAAUAUCGAUUUCGUCUAAAAUUUUAAUCUUUUAUAUUAAUUGUUCAUUUGUAUUAUAUUAUAUGUUCAUUUAUAGUAAUGGGUUUUGG